AUGGAGACGAAGCUCCGGUGGAGCCGACCCGGCUCCCUUCUCGUCGCCGCGGCGUUCCUGGCGUCCGCCGCCGUGUCGAGCGCCAACAUUGGCGACUUUGACGAGCAUUGGCAGAAGCGCAAGGAGCUGGCCGAGGCGUCGGUGAGGGAGACGUACAGGUCCGACCCGUACAACGUCACCAACAGCUUCAACGUCGCCGUGCACAGGCAUGCAUGCACCCCGGCCUUCAUCCUUUCCUAG